AUGCGGCCGGCAGCGAGGGGCUCGGUGGCGGCCCGGCCGCGCCGGCUGGGCGCCGGACUUGGCAGGGCGCGGGCGUGUGACGGCGUCGGGCACCCGGUGUUCUUCUUCCAGCGGGAGAGGCCGUGCUUGCUCGGCAUCGAAGGCCUUGAGGCGCUGCUGGACUUCCCCACCGCCGUCGGCGAAGCGCGGCGGGAGCUGGCGGGCGCAGCACAGCUGGAGCCGCUGGCGCUGGUGAGCGCGGUGGACUCGGCCUCGAAUCGGCUAUGCCGCAUAGCCGACGCGGCGGAGCUGUGCAGGUCAGUCUUUGGUUCCACCAGGAAUGUGCACCCAGACGAGAAGUUCGUGGCGAGCGCGAACGAGGUCAACCUCGACUCCACCAUGUACGAGGGCAUGCGGCGGGCGGAGUCGCGGCAGGAGUUCGGGUCGCUGCCGCUGGAGGCGCAGAGGGUUCUCACGCACAUGCGCACGUCGAUGGAACACGAGGGCACCCAGCUGCCUCCCGCCGAGAAGGCGGAGUGCCUGGAGCUGCUGGACCGCGAGCAGAGCCUGUCGCCGACCUUCGGCAUCGUGCAGCGGCACGAGCGGCAGCGCCGCGUCGCCUCAGACGACGAGGGCGGCGCCUGGGUGCCGGCCGCGGGCGCCCAGGCGGCGUUGGGCGGCGAGGUCGCGAGGCUCCCGCGGCGGAGCAGCCCCGCGGACGAGCUCUUCAUCCCGGCAGAGCACGCCGCCGCGGAGAGCACUUGA